AUGUAUAUAGACAUUUUUUGUUGGAACGUCCGUGGAUUUAACAAACUUUCGCACCGGAGCGGUUUCAAGAAGUGGCUUAGUAGUAGCAAGCCAAUUUUCGGAGGUCUCAUCGAGACGCAUGUACAACAACCUAAGAACGUGAAGUUUAUUAACAAUCUUUUCCCAGGAUGGCUUUUUGAUGACAACUAUGAAUUUUCGACGUUAGGCAAGAUUUGGAUCGUUUGGCACCCGAGUGUGAAAGUUCAGAUUAUCACCAAGUCUCUGCAAAUGAUUUCGUGUGAAGUGACACUUCCAGGUUCAGAUUCCUCGAUGAUCUUUUCUUUCAUUUAUGCAGCAAAUCUGGAGGUUCUGAGAAAUGAGCUAUGGGAAGAGUUGAUAUCUCUCUCGACAGACACAAGAGUUGUUGGUAAGGCUUGGGCCGUCUUAGGUGAUUUCAACCAAGUGCUCCACCCAAACGAGCACUCCUCUUUGGAUGGGUUUACUGUGGACAGAGCAACAAGAGACUUCAGACAGGCUCUCUUGAACUCAGAAUUGGCGGAUCUAAAUUUCAGAGGAUCGACUUACACUUGGUGGAAUAAAAGAAGUGUCAAUCCAGUGGCUAAGAAACUGGAUAGAGUCCUAGUCAAUGACCUCUGGCUCGAGAUUUUUCCAACGGCGAUGGCUUUCUUUGGAGCUCCAGAUUUCUCCGACCAUUCAUCCACUAGCAUUGCUCUCUCUCCUUCAACUCAACGGCAGAAGAAGGCUUUCAAGUUCUACAACUACCUCCUUGAAAAUCCUGAUUUUAUUGCGGUGAUAUGCAGCGAAUGGUUCUCCCUGAACUUUGUUGGCUCCGACAUGUUUAGGGUUUCAAAAAAGCUCAAGGCUCUAAAAAAAACCAUAAGAGAUUUAGUAGAGAGAACUACUCCGGGUUGGAAAAAAGAGUCCAUGAAGCUCAUCAGUUACUGCUGGAUAGACAGGUAG